AUGGCCCUCACGACCGUCGAAUCCGCGGCAGAAUCCCCCGAAAUCCUUGCUCCGCCACCUGCCGUCGUCACAACUCCCUGCGAUCCCUGGCCACGACCGUAUGAAUUGGAUUCGGAAUUUGGGCUGAGAAGGGUUGCUCCUUACCAUUUCACCUACAACACAAACUGCAAGCAACGAUGGCGAGGAAGAGAGAUUCUCGAGAUCUUCAAGGAUGAAUUUCGAGACCGACCUGCAGAAUACUAUCAAGGCGCAAUCACCAGCGGCGCAAUCCACCUGAAUGGCAAGCCCGUUCCAUCUCCGGAGACAAUCGUCAAGAAUGGAGAUGUCAUCAGCCAUACCCUCCACCGACACGAGCCGCCUGUCACCGCCCAGCCGAUAGGAAUUGUGCAUGAGGAUGAAGGCUUGAUCGUGAUCAACAAACCCGCCGGAGUGCCAGUCCAUCCGACAGGACGGUACAACUACAAUUCCCUCACCGAAAUCCUCCGCGCGGAACGCGGACAUGGCUUUAAUCCCCUGCCAUGUAAUCGGUUGGAUCGCCUUACCAGCGGAGUCAUGUUUAUCGCCAAACACAAAAAGGCCGCAGACGCCGUGACGAAACAACUCAUGGGCCGGACAAUCCGCAAGGAGUACGUCGCGAGAGUCCGAGGGGAGUUCCCGGAAGGAGACGUGGUCUGCGAAGAACCCAUUCUCCAGAUCUCUCCCAAGCUUGGAUUGAAUCGCGUGAGAGCGAACGGAAAGACUGCGCGGACGGUCUUCAAAAGAUUGGCAUUUUGUCCCGCGACAGAGACACGACAGGCAUAUAGCAUUGUCCGCUGUCGUCCUCUCACAGGCCGCACGCACCAACUCCGAGUCCACCUGCAAUUUCUAGGCCAUCCCAUCACCAACGACCCCAUUUACUCCAACCAACGAGUCUUCGGUCCGGAACUCGGCAAAUCCGCUUCCUCGGGAAAUGACGAUGAAGAUAUCAUGACGCGCCUCUCCAGAAUGGGCAAGGAGGAUGUCGCGGAGGCGGUGGCUUACCAUGAUGAUAUGGUGGAUUCCUACAACAAGAAGAAAGCGGAGAAGAUGACGGGAGAGGUGUGUGAGAUUUGUGAUACGCCGCUGUAUAGUGAUCCCGGAUUGCAUGAGUUGGGGAUCUAUCUGCAUGCGAGGAAGUAUGCUAGUGCGGAUGGGAGCUGGAGUUAUGAGACCGGUUUGCCGGCCUGGGCGGAAGCUCCUGAGGGAUGGCAAGGGAGUUGGGAAAUGACGGAUGAGAGCGAUCCGUUGGUGGUGGAUUUGGGAAAACUUGGAUUGGGUGAUGGGGAGGAGGAGGAGAAGGCUGGUGUUGCUGCUGGGUGA